CAAUCCCCGAAUCUCCUAAUUUUACGGUUGCGGUAGUUACCAGUUACCAAUUCUGGGUCCUGGGUUUCUCGCCUUUUUUUGAAUUCUUCGAUGGGCGAUUCGGGUCUCCGGAGAUCAAUUGAUAUGCAUGAUAAAAAAUCAAAUGAUUAUGUAGACAAGUGUGUGGAAUACGACGCACGCGAAGUUCGAAUAUUUUGCUACUAUAGAUAACGGCGUUUCUCCGAGCAUCAAAUCGAAUAAUCGUAUCGUAUAGAAAAAAGGCGAAGAAAAAUAUGGCGGCUGCGGUACAGUGUGAAGCAGCUAGCAUUGUUGUUGAACGUUGAAAAUCGACCUCCAAUUGUCGCAGACUGUAUCAAUAAAAAAAAAAAAACAGCGCCACCAUUGCGGCGGCGUUGUUUACCGGCUUACUUUUUUUGUUUCAUCGAAGUCUGACAAUGAAACAAUUGCGCGUUUGAUAUAAAUUUUGUAAAUUCUCAAAUCCGAACAUUCGGAAUAAGAAGACUUCAAACACGUUAUGGCUUAAAAUAGAUAUAACUCUGUCUUUUGUCCGACCGCAGUUCGAGGUUGAUCAGUUUUUUGAGGUUAUGUUGAUGCAAAUGUUGUCUUUCUUUGAAUCUUGACAAGUGUAGUGCUAAAAAUCGUGAAACAAUGUCGAAAACUUCUGGAAAAUCCGAAAAUUUAUCCAAAAGUUGGGUCUACAGACCUGCAAUCGUCAUUACUUCCAUUUUCACGACAACGACCUUAUUCGUUUAUCUCAACAAUGUUCAAACCAAUUUUUACAUCGACGAAGAAUUCCAUAUCGGACAAACUUUGCGAUAUUGUCGUGGCAAGUUUUUUGAGUGGGAUUCGAAAAUCACGACUCUGCCAGGAUUAUAUGUGAUCGCUUCACUGUUCCUGGCGCCUGUUGGACUUUGCAAAAUAUUUUGGAUGCGAUGCAUAAAUUUGCUUGGAACCAUUGCAAAUUUUUAUCUCCUUUACAGGAUUAUUCAAGAACAAGGACAGAAAAAUAAAAACAGUAUUUCAAUCUCAUGGAAUAUGUUUGGUUCCGUUAUCAGUUUAGCCUAUUUCCCACCUCUGUACUUUUGGUUUUUCCUUUAUUACACGGAUGUUUUGUCCUUGAACUUUGUUCUUUUGACUUGGCUAAUGCAUCUACGAGGACGCUACCAAACAGCUGCACUCACUGGUUCCAUGGCGAUUUUCAUGAGGCAAACAAAUGUAAUUUGGGUAGGUGCCUUUGCUGCCGAAAGAAUCGUAGAUUUGCUAGAGGCUCAAACACCAAAAAGUAUAAGUACUCUUGUCUCCAGGAAUAUUCACAACACACCGAUGCAUGCUAAACUCGUUUGGAAAAACCUUUAUUAUCACGUGGCUCGAGGACCGAGAGCUUUUGGAAGAUUUAUCGUUGAAAUGUUGAAAGAGGUUCGAGCUUAUGCACUGGUGGGUGCAGCUUUCGUGUUGUUCCUCAUCAUCAACGGUGGAAUUGUUGUCGGGGAUCGAAAAGCUCACGUUGCAACGAUUCACCUACCGCAGAUAUUUUAUUAUUCGGUGUUCUCUAUGCUGUUCGCUUGGCCGUACAUGUUACCACAUGCGCGAGAAUUCCUCCACUGGGUUCGCAGGAAAUGGAUAGUUACAAGUGUUUUAUUAGCAGUCGCGACAAUAAUUGUUCACUCGAACACGUUGGUCCAUCCUUACGUAUUAGCGGAUAAUAGGCAUUACGUUUUUUACAUAUGGAACAGAUUUAUGGGACGGUAUUACGUGAUGCGAUAUCUCUUAAUACCGAUUUACGGGUUUGCGUUUUACGCGCAUUACGCGUGUUUGAAAAACGUACGAUUUCUCUCUCAAAUGAUUUAUAUCGCAGCCGUUUGCGUCGUAUUAAUACCGCAGCUGUUGCUUGAACCACGUUACUUCAUUGUUCCAUACAUUUUUCUACGCUUAAAAAUGUCGCCUCCCACUAAAUGGCAAAUAAUUUGUGAGUUAAUCACAACGGCGAUCAUCAACUUCGUACAAUUUUUCAUAUUCGUCAACAAAACUUUCUAUUGGACCGAUGGCGAAUAUCUUCAGAGAAUAUCAUGGUGAAGUUUUGGGCGAACAGUUUAGGAGGACAAAAUUUUAUACGCAUAUUAUUAUUGUGGAAAAAAGGAGGACGAUGCUAUUGUAAAGAUGAUUUUGCUACAAAGCAAUUACCGACGAUGAACUUAAAGUUUGAGGAGUCUUAAAACUAUAGCGAUGCGAAAAGUAUAUAUUUGUUAAGAUAGAUUUUGUAAACUUUUCUUUGAUAUGCAACGGUUUUGAAAGAACAACCGACUUGCCGCGUAUCGAAUUCAUUUCGAACAACUUUGUACGAUGUUUGCAAGAAGCGUCGAUAAAAAACGAUCAAAUUCUUUCGUAAGAUUCCCAAGAAAAAUAUUUGAGAUGUGGAAAAAAGUGUCAAAUAGUCGAUAGAACGACCGCCACCGUGCGCCAUCAAUCUCGAGUAAUGUACACUGAAAAUAAAAGUUCGCAUUGUUGGGAUACAUCAACAACUAAUAAUUUGAUUCUUAAUUUUUCAUAUUUGAUCAAGUAAAUUUUGUUUGUAGGUUAUUAAAAACCUCAAAAUUUCAUUGCUCACGAUCCUCACGAUCAUUAACACCAACAUUCUUACAGUCAAUUAAUGGAUGUUGUAAACCCCAAGAAUAAUUUGUUGUGAGCUUGCGAUGCGAACUUUGUUCAUAAAUCUUUAAAAAGUGUAACGCAAAAAUGUAUAUGAAGAGAAAAACUUGUAUAUUUAUAUUACAUAUUUUGGGAGGGAUGAAUGAGAAAAGACUUGAAAACAAUGAUUCUCUAUUAUUUGUAUAGCUACGGCAUAUAUCUCAUUUAAUACCACUAAGUAACAUAUUAAGUUGUUAAUAUUGUUUUUCUCCAUUGUGGUGUUUUCAUAUUAGAAGUAGAAAGAAAGAUCUCUGGUUUCCGAUUCAAUCCUUAACCUUAUUGUAUCAGAUGCUGGAGUGGGAGGUUGGUAACUGGAAAGUAGAUACACGCUUUUACCUUCGACACACUUGAUAUUUCGAGAAAACCGUGAAUCGAAUUUACAUUGAAGAUACCGACCCUCCACACUUGCAAUUGAUGAGCUAUCUUAAUAUUAUCGAGUAAUUUUAUAAGACUAAGUUAGAUGCGUGUUUUCAUAACUCGUUUCAUUUCUAUUAGAUGUACAAAUGUAAUACAUGCUUUUUCUUUUCUCAUAA